CUGCAGCUCUUCAUUUGACGGUCAGAGUCUCAUCACACAGUCUGAAUUAUUCUGCAGGUGAAGAAACAUCUGUAUGGGAACCUGACUGAACAUCUGACUGCGUAUAUGGGAUGGAUCACCUCAACUCCACCCACCCUCCCACCAACCAAUCAGACUACAGCAGUGUCUUCACCAACCAUGUGCUGCCGCCGCUGUACUUCAUGAUCUUCAUCUUCGGGCUGUUUCUGAACGGCCUGGCCGCCUGGAUCUUCUUCAGAGUGCCCAGCGACUCGGGGCUGGUGGUGUACCUGAAGAACAUGGUGGUGGCCGACAUCCUCAUGCUCUCCACCUUCCCCUUCCGGCUGGCGGCUCAGCUGGGUCUGGGCGGCUGGCGCCUCCAUGUGAUCAUGUGCCGCUACACGGCCGUGCUCUUCUACUCCUCCAUGUACGUUGGGAUCCUCAUCAUGGGCCUCAUCAGCCUCGAGCGCUACGUCAGGAUCGUCCGACACACGUCCUCCUCCUCCACCACCUCCGCCUACAGGUCCCGGAUGGGUGGGGCGGGCGUGCUGCACCUCCUGCAGAGUGUCAGCUUCGCCCGGGUGGUGGCCCUCCUCACCUGGAGCCUCCUCCUCCUCAGUGUGCUGCCCAACGUCCUGCUGACCAGCCGGCCGGCAAAUGAAAACAACGCCCGUCGCUGCAUGCAGCUGAAGACGGAGCUGGGCGCUCAGUGGCACCGGGCCUCCACCUUCUUCAGCGUCAGCCUGUUCUGGUUGACCCUGCUGGUCCUCGCCUUCUGCUACACCUCCAUCGCCUGCCGGGUCUACCAGUCCUACCGCCGCGUGAACCGCAACAACAGUGACGUCCGGCGAAAGUCGAACCGCAGCAUCUUCAGCAUCCUGGCGGUGUUCUUCGUCUGCUUCGUGCCGUACCACGUGUGCCGCGUCCCGUACACGCUGAGCCAGACGUCGCCGUCUGACUUCAGCCAGAACGCCCACUUCCUGCUGUUCCAGCUGAAGGCGGGGACGCUCUUCCUGUCGGCGCUCAACGUCUGCCUCGACCCAAUCAUCUACUUCCUGAUGUGCCGGAACUUCAGAGAGUCUCUGCUGAGGAAACUGUCAGGAAGAGCCAGGAGGAGAUCCCUGACCACGGCCCAGAGUCUGAGCAACGUCGAGGAGAGGAGGUGAGGGCAGAGGAGACGAGGACAGAGGAGACGAGGACAGAGGAGACGAGGAGAGGAAUCACGUGUGGACAAAAUACCUGUCCUCACCCGGACAGUAACCUCCUCAGUGUGGCGUUGUGUGUGAUACAGUAGAAGUCGAAGGAUCAGUCUUGUUUCCUGGAAGUGAAUAUUUGAGUCUAUGUUUUGAUUUUUCUUCUGUUUGUGAUCGUCGUCAUGUUAAAAUGUGAAACUUUAGAUCUGAUAGGAAUGUUUAAAAAUGCAGAAUGAUGUAAAUAUAUAUUACAUAGGAUCAUCACAGGUUCUUUUAUUUAUUGUUAAAGAUCUUCAGGAGGGUGCAAAGAACAGAACGAAGGCAGGACGAGAGCAGGAAGUGGUGAUGUGGAAGUGAAAGUGGACGACUGGGCAUCAAACCUGCGGCACCAGACGCUGCUGCUGCGCUCGUGUCCAUGAAGUUAUCACGCUUUCAGUGGAAUCAGCUGGUUUGGUUUUCGAGGUCACAUGAGUCAGUCUCCUCUGACGCCUCAAAUCAUCUCAGAACUGAAACCAGCAGGAAGAAUCUGAUCUGAGGACAGAUUGUGUGACAUAGGAUCAGCUGUAAGGACGAUAUCAGGAGAAUAAACUGUGCUGUACUCCAGACAGACGUGUCUUCAUUCACUGACUUUGUUUCAUUCACCACUCACACUGAUGCGCUGCUGCUUUACUAUGAUCAUGCAUGUGCACUGACCUCUGCUGGUCACAGCGUGUUACUACUACAUGUUGACCACUAGAGGUCAGUGUACAAUCAGACACAAACAGUCUGCAAACAUGUUGUCACUGCAGUCACACUGACAGUUAUAUACAGUAUGUACACAGAUGAGCUCAUUAGAGUGCAUACCUCCACCCACAGUCCUCUUUAACUGAACCAAGAACAAAUAGAUCACAGUUAAAUGCACUGGAUCCAAACUGUAUUCAGUCAUAGUUACCAUCCAUCUAAACAUCAAAUAAAAACAGAAAUAUUUUUUCAUCAGGAUCCAAUG